GAGCUGCUUUUCGCUUCCGGGUGCGGCUUUCUUGUGGCGCGCGCUUGAAGCUAAACGGUCGUUAUGGAGUUGUUGGCCGAGUACGUCGGGCCGGACAGGGAGCGGCGGCAGGUGCGAGUCGUCUGUGAAGCGUCCGGUGACGCCGACCAUCUCCAGAAGCUGUCAUCGAGUGUGGCCCAGAUGAAGGAGCUGGUAAACCAAUUAUUCGAACCCUUGGUACAGCAGGAAGCGAAGGACCAGGUGACUGCGGAUCCUGACGAGAUGCUGGAGGGUAAUGGCGAAGAUGGUGCAGAAGAUGAAAAUGACAUUGAUAAAAGAACUAAUUCAGAUGAACCAUCUGCAAAACGGCCCAAAACACCAUCUUAGUAAUAGUUUGCGUGAAAUUUAAGACUGCUACUAUGUCCUAAUUAUCAUGUACUGACAUUAAAGAAGACUUGGGCUCUAAUUUGAGAAAGCAUUUAUUUUGUUCGUCUGGGACAAGUUUGUCAGAA